UGAGCACAGCUGGUGGCCGCCAUGUCGUGGCUGCAUCGGAUGUCCUGGGCGGAUUUCUGGUACCGCACCUGCUCGCGGCUUCUGCGCACCAAGCCGGUGGGCGCUAUGGUGCACGGGGGCAGCCACGAAGACCUAACGGAGCUGGCGGGGGGCUCCGCGGUGGGACUGGCCAAGGUGCUGACCACCCUGGACCUGGUGUCGCUGGGGGUGGGCAGCUGCGUGGGCACUGGCAUGUACGUGGUCGCCGGGCUGGUUGCCAAGUCCGUGGCCGGCCCGGGCGUCAUCCUGUCCUUCGUCAUAGCCGCUAUGGCGUCCGUUUUGUCAGGUGUGUGCUACGCAGAGUUCGGCGUCCGCGUGCCCAAGACGACGGGCUCGGCCUACACGUACAGCUACGUGACAGUCGGCGAGUUUGUGGCCUUCCUGAUUGGCUGGAACCUGAUCCUGGAGUACCUGAUCGGCACGGCUGCAGGGGCGUCGGCUCUCAGCAGCAUGUUUGACUCGCUGGCCAAUCACAGCAUCAGUCACUACAUGAUCGCACACCUGGGCACGCUCAAAGGACUCGGCAAAGGUGAGGACACGUUCCCGGACUUGCUGGCCAUGUUUAUCGUCCUGCUGGUGACGCUGAUCGUGGCCCUUGGCGUGCGCAACUCGGUGGGCCUCAACAACGUCCUGAACCUGGUCAACAUGGUGGUCUGGGUCUUCAUCAUCCUGGCGGGACUUUUCUUCCUGUCUGCCAAGAACUGGGAGGGCGGCAUGUUCCUGCCCUACGGCUGGUCGGGGGUGAUGCAGGGGGCGGCGACCUGCUUUUACGCCUUCAUCGGCUUUGACAUCAUCGCCACGACAGGGGAGGAGGCACAGAACCCCAACACCUCCAUCCCCUAUGCCAUCACCGCCUCGCUCGUCACCUGUCUUAGCGCAUACGUGUCGGUGAGCGUGAUCCUGACCCUGAUGGUUCCGUACGACCUCAUCGACGGCUCGGCGCCUCUCAUGGAAAUGUUCGCGGCGCACGGCUUCCUGUGGGGGAAGUACACAGUGGCGGUGGGUUCCAUCGCCGGCCUCAGCGUGUCUCUGCUGGGCUCGCUGUUCCCGAUGCCGCGAGUCAUCUACGCCAUGGCCUCAGACGGACUAUUAUUCAGGUCCCUGUCUCAAGUGUCUGCAUUCACGCACACGCCGGCGGCGGCUUGCGUGGUUUCCGGGACUCUGGCUUCAUUUCUGGCUCUGCUGGUGAGUCUGCGCGACCUGAUCGAGAUGAUGUCCAUCGGCACACUGUUGGCAUACACGCUGGUCAGCGUUUGCGUGCUGCUGCUGCGCUACCAGCCCGACGGCGCGGAAAGCGAGGGUCUUCCUGGCAAAGACCACCCGGAUGUUGACUGCUCCUCCAUUGGCGAUCCUUCUGACCACGAAAACGAGCCCAGCGACUUCCACACCGGCUCGGCGUCACCGCUCCAAAAGCUUCUGGGAGCUCAUUACCCGAACCUGCUAGUGAACCUGCUUGGCGUCCCCUCGUCAAUGGCGCGGCCCACGGCCUGGACUGGCCGCACGGUGACGCGCUGCACCCUGGCCUUCUUCUUCCUCUCCUUCCUGCUGUGGAGCACGGUCAUCUUUGGCGUGGAGCAGAGCGUCGGGACGGGCGCCGCUGUUUGGGGCCUGACAGCGGCGCUGCUGGGGGCCGCCUUGGCCGGACUUUUGCUCACGGUGGUGCGGCAGCCUCAGAGCGGGCAGACGUUGGCCUACAUGGCGCCCUACGUUCCCUUUGUUCCCGCGGCGGCUAUUUUGGUCAACAGCUACCUGAUGCUGAAGUUGUCACCUCUCACUUGGGCGCGCUUCGCCAUCUGGUGCGCCAUCGGCCUGCUGAUCUACGCUUUGUACGGCGUGUGGCACAGCUCUCUGGAGGUGAGUGCUCGCGAGGAGGAAGCCCACGCCAGCUCCUACCAACGCUUCGACGACCACCUGGACGAUACCUUCUCCGCCCACGAGGACGACCCACGGGAGCGGGACGACGGACCCUACCGAGGCUGGACCGCCCCCGAGGAGCGGGACUUGCAUUAUCAGAACCAUGCGUACGACAGGGGCCCGGGCGAGGACGAUGACGACUUUGGAUACCAGAGAGGAGGUGGCGGCCACGGCGGACUGAGGCAGACAAACGAUCACAGCUUUGACGAUGGAUAUAACCACUGACAACACAAGAACACACACACACACACACACAGCAGCUCUGGUUGGUACCAUUCGAGGUUCGGUGGCCAAGGACAAUACAGCUUCCAGCUUGUGUUUGACAGUUUUUCUUGGUGAGUUUGAGAACCUUUGUUUUUCCCCUGCGUUGAUG